AUGACGUCUACUCAUCGACCUUCGCCGCUGCGACUGUCGGACACAACAUGGACGACCAAUGGUAUCGUUGAUCCAUCUUUCUCAUCCAGUACCGCAUCCACAUCCAGUCUCGACCUUGUCCCUGCACCCCGUGCCAGCGAUCUGCAGAUGGUAUUACGUACCAGAGACCAUGCAGCAUAUUACGAUGCGGCCUCAAACGAGCUUUCGCUUCAAAAACGGUCGCACCCGCUUCAAGAUGAUGCAGGAUCGAAUUCGACAUCGCACGACCAAGCGCCUCUGGUGCCGCGCCAAGCACCACAAAGCUCCUUGCAGCGACUUCGUCGAGCAGAGCCACUGCAAAGUACGAGGGGUGAAGCGGUCUGCCCAACGUGUGCCCGAUCUUGGCCGAUAGGUGAUCCAGAGACACUGGAGGCGCGGUUUGACCAGCGCUUCCCAUCAAGUUCAGCCGAGCAUGAACCGCCCUGCUUCAUAGCACCCAACUACUUUCGACUGCUCGCGCAAGCCUCAACGACCCCGGACACCAACUCUUUCCCUGAGCGUCCCGCGACUCCACGGAAUCGGUUCUCGUCCGCAUCCGGCACCUCGACCCCGCUCCCCUCUGGCGCAUCAACGCCACCCGAACCGAUCUCCAACUCUUGCUCCGCACAAGGCUACUACUCUCGCUUCUUUAUCGAACUCAAACCGCUCGGUCGUGGUGCGCGCGGCCAAGUCUUCCUAUGUCAACACGUGCUCAACGGCAACAAACUCGGCAAGUAUGCCAUCAAAAAAAUCCCUGUCGGCGAUCACGCACAGAGUCUACUGCAGAGUCUCAACGAGGUGCAUCUGAUGGAGAGUCUGCAUCACGAAAACUUGAUCGGAUAUCAGCAUGCUUGGAUAGAGAGCUGCCAGCUGACCAGGUGGGGGCCCGAGGUGCCAACAUUGUUUGUGCUGAUGAUGGCGGCGAAUGGAGGUAGUUUGGCGGAUUGGAUUAGUAGGAGGGCGGGAGAGGAGGUUGAGGGCGAGGCGGAUACUGGGACGUCGGAAGACGAUAAGCUGAACGCGGGUGCAAGGGGUGAGCAGGAGAAGAGCAAGCACGAGCAGGGCGCUGUUAGUCCAGCGGAACGAGCGAAGAUCGAAAGACUGAAAGCUGCCCUACGACAACGACGGGCGAAUCGCACCUCUUGUAGCACCACCGCUCAACCGCGCGCUCCAACUUUGGGCCGCGCACCGCGUUCGGCACCACUCAGCAGCGGCACAGCAAUCCACCUGCUGCGCACGGACGAGAUCUACUCUCUGCUCAAAGACAUAGUCUCCGGCCUCUCGUUUCUGCACUCGCGCGGCAUACUGCACCUCGAUAUCAAGCCAGGCAACAUCCUGCUCCACUGGGACGACGAUGCGCUCAUCCCGCGCGCCAUGCUCUCGGACUUUGGCUCGUCUCUGCUUCUGCACGACAACUGGACGCGCGUACGAUCCGGUCACACCGGCACGAUGGAGUACAUGUCGCCCGAAGCAGUGAUGGUCAACCCAUCGACAGGCAAGUUGGACGAACUGGGGAGCAAGAGCGAUAUCUGGAGCGUGGGCAUGAUCCUGCACCUGCUGGUGUUUUUCCGACUUCCAUGGGGCAAUAUGGAUGACCUGGGAGCGCUGAGGGUGGAAAUAGCGAGGUAUCAGGGGUUCAGGCGCAAAGAAGGCGUGGUGGAGAGUGAAAAGGGGAACAAGGGGGAUGAGGUAUUGCUGGGGUUGCUCGAGCAAAUGUUGCAGGUGGAUGCGGUCAAGCGGCCUAGUUGUAAGGAUGUUUUGCACGUGUUGGCGGGAGCGGCGCAAAAAGCGAGCAGAGACGAGGCGAGCAACAAGAUUCAUCGUCGGAAUCGUGAUGAGAAAAGCGGCUCGCUGGCGCUAUACCGAGCUUCGGCACUACCGCCCCUACCGCACGCACUGUCGUCGUCCGACGAGCGUGAGUUCGCUACCGCUGCGCGCACCAUUCCUCCACUCGGCACUCUCACGCUUCGAUCUCACCGGCUACCAGCCGAAACGCUCAACGUCGUCAUUGCAUUCUUCAAGAUCGUCUCGCCACAUUCGGCCGCGGUCCUGUUUGCGUCUAGCUCGGCGCCUGCUGGUUCGCACGCGUUCAAGAUGGACGCGCUCGCGCUGCUCAUUUUGGCUCUCGCGCUUGUGGACCUCGCGACGGCCGGCACAAGGCCGCACCACAUACGCCGGCGGAUCAAUGUGGUGUGUGGCGUGGCUCAUUUGGUGUUGCUGUUCGCAUGUGUGGUCAAGCGUGUAUAUCGACGAUAG